AUUCACCACCCGAAGAUGUCUCUCGUCGAAACGCUUCAGUCUCAGUUUGAAGCAGCACUGCUUCAUGUCGCCGCCAUAGUGUCACGCUUCGAAUCCGAGAUGCUCCAUAUCCCACCUGCCCUGCGCUUCUUCACAGUAGGCGCAGAACCAGACCACCUGUUCAGACAGGCUUUCCUCUUCCUUCUGGCUCCGCUCCAUGCCUUUGUUACACUACCUCUGACCGACUUGGUCUGCUAUAAUUCCCGGAAGUUACGGCGUCACGGGUUGGUUCAGUGUGGAGAGUGGUAUCUGUGGUUCUUUGUCACGUUUUGGGUC